CGUGCUUCACCUUUUUUAGUGAUCCUUUCACUCGAAGAAAAUCAUCGGCUCGCAAUAGAGGUCCGAGAGAAGCAGACCUUGCCAAUUUACAAGACAAGACUGGGAGACCACCCUUUCAGCGCAACAAUCCUCAACAAUCUUUCAAACAAUUAUUACGCCUUGGGCAAAUACGACGAUGCCGAGCGAUAUUCGAAAGAAGCGUUGGAUAUCCGGCACAAGCUACUGAAAGACCAUCGUGACACUGCCAAGUCGCUUUUUGACCUUGGAAUGGCUCAUAAAAUGAAGAAAGAAUUCGAGCUAGCCAGGAAUUACCUUGAAUGGUGCCAGGCCGUGCAACAGAAAAUAUUGGAUGAGAACAACAACGAUCUUACAAGGACCACAAACGAAUUGGAAGAAGUGAGGAGGAGUCUAACGGACGCCGAGAGGCAAAGUAACGGGUCGUCAUGAACUGUGUCCCGCAUAGGGGACUCUUAAGCUCUCUUAAAUCCUGUACCAUACUCUAACAUAUGUCCAGUUUUUUUGUGCGUUCAACUGGAAUAGGGCAGUACUUCUUUGAUGAUUCAGUCGCUUAUGCGUGGGGUCUCCCGUUAGCAAUCGUCUCAGUAAAAACGCAGGCUAAUAGUGGGGCAGUUUUUCUUUGUCACCGAUAUCUUUGAGUCUGUUAUGAUCAUUCCCGUGAUCAGUCGCAGAGCAUGCAGUCAUUAACUGCAUCAGAACUGACUACAAGAACUGAACAUCUGAAUGAUGGUUAUGUUAUUAUAACUAUAUUGAACGUCCUAGGUCAAGAAGUGUCACUUUAUUAACUGGACAGCUUUAGUUCCUUCGUUUCGUAAUCGUGUAAAUAGGUGUGGUUAAAAGCAGGUGCUGCUGUUCUGGACAAGUGGUCUAGGUAUUUCCGGGGAUCCUGAGAAGAUUUUUUCAAGUCGUAGUCCGGUCACUUUAGCACUAAUAUUUGCGUGUGUAUGUCUAGAUAUUUCGGUAAUUUUCAGCGUGUACUAAACCGAUUCAAUUUAAUUUAGGAUAGGGGGUAUUUCGCGGACAAUGAAACGGGAACGCGCCAUUGAUGGAAGGGUAACCCUAUCCAAGACAUUCAUUGAAAGUUUUAAUAUCUUGCCCAUGCAAAGUGUGUUCAACUGAUAUUAACAAUAACAAUGGUAACUGUUCAAAAAUGCUGCCUUUUAUUAAACCCCAUUAUACUUGGCGUUUAAGUAGUUUCAGUGUGUUAACAAGCCCGAAACAGCAUCUGUACCUGAUGAAGUUGACAGCUUUCGAAUUCGCAUUUCACUCUAAAAAGCUGACAUUUAAAGCUUUAGCCCUUCGUCAUUCGCUGUGACGAAGGCUAGCGCUCGAAACGUCA